CGAUUAUGGAACAAAACCAAAUACCCCUCUCCGCAGGCUGCAACUCCUCACUUGCCCUCAGCGAUCACAUUAAGCCUCAUAACAAAUCAACAUGGGGGACGAAAAAAUCGCAUCUGAGCAAAAAGGACUUAGUUUCUUCGGCCUCUUCAGGCAGGGUUCACGCGCACAGGGACUGCCGCUGAUCGUCCUGAUCCAUGGAGGGGGAGCAACAUCCGCAUUCUUUGAUAAUCCGGUGGUCUCAGUAGUCGAUGAGUUCAACAGACUUGGCCAUAACGUUCUCAACAUCUCUCGCCCUGGCUACCGGGGAACCCCCGCACCGACUAGCUUGACACCCCUACGAGACUCGAUCUCGGUAUUUAUCGACUUCAUUAACUCCAUCUACACAGCACGCAGGGACACGGGCCAUGAUGGGAUUAUUCUAGUAGGGCAUUCGCUUGGCGGAGCCCUGGCCCUGUCUAUUACCUACGAAGCGCAGGGUCAAUUGCCUAUCCUGGGAGUCAGUGCCAUGGGGUGUUUGCCGAGCUUGAAUCCGCUGGGAAUACUCAGCGCAACAGACCCAGAGCCAGAAAACCCGAGAUUCAUUGUCGAAAGCAACCCGGAGAAUAUCAGGCGAUUCAUGGGUAGACCAGAGUGGCUGAACCCCGAUGCACUGUCCGAGGAUAUCGUGGCGGCCGUUUUCGAGCCUGGCCUCAAGUCCGAGAUUGGGGAAUAUCAAACACUAGAGCUGUACCAGUACCUGCUUGAUACCGUCUUCCCUGGUAUCCAGGUACCAGUCCAGUAUCUGGCAGCGGAAAAUGAAAUCCUAUGGGAUGAUGAAGAUCCCUUACAAGGGAAAACCAUCUUCGACGCUCUGGUAUCGCAUUUUAAGUCUGCACCGGAGAUUGAUGCUGCAAUUCUCCCACGUGGUGGUCACAACUAUGAAUUUUCGCAGAACGUCGGUUUGCUCCUCGAGCGCAGGAACGACUUUGUCCAGAAAUUGACACGACCUGAAGACGGUGAAGACCAGGCGGCCUCUCAGCUCCCUUUUACCAAAGUCCCAAUCUUGGAUUUUGCGCAAACAACGUCGCCAACGACCCGGUCGACAUUUUUGGAAGCGCUGAGGGAUGCCAUUGUCAAUGUGGGCUUCUUCUACCUCAAGAACACCGGUGUGCCGAAUGAACUGUAUCAAGAAUUAUCAGAGCAGUCUUCUGCUCUGUUCAAUUUACCAUUGGGUCAAAAAUUGGAGAUUGAUAUGAUCAACAGCAAACAUUUCCUUGGUUAUUCCAGGCUCGGCCAGGAAAUUACAGCUCUGAAGAACGACUACCGCGAGCAGUUUGAUUUUGCAACCGAGCUCCCGCCUCCUGGCCCUGAAGAACCCCUUUAUCGCAACAUUCGGGGACCCAAUCAGUGGCCAGAUCCCAGUGCCUUGCCCAAUUUUCGCCCAACGAUUGAGAGAUAUCUCGAAGCUAUCGAGAAUUUGUCAACAACUUUUAGAUCUCUUGUUGCCGAGGCACUUGACCUACCCGCCAAUGCUUUUGACGACAUCUUCGAUGUUCCUUUGCAGAACAAGUUCAAGUUGAUCAAGUACCCGGAGCCUAUUGAUUCUCGCCCUGGUGAAGAGACGCAAGGUGUCGGUCCACACAAAGACUCUUGUUUCCUCACGUUCCUACACCAAGCUACCCCCCAUACAGGACUGGAGGUGCAAAACAAAGCCGGAACCUGGCUUCCAGUUAACCCCAUCCCCGGAACUCUAGUCAUUAACAUUGGCCGCUCCCUUGAAGCCAUCACCGGUGGAGUAUGCACCGCAACAACCCACCGAGUGAAUUUGCGUCGAGGGAAUUAUCUAGAUGCAAAUGGUCAGUCACUUGGCCCACGUUUCUCAUUUGCGGUCUUUCAAGGCGUAAGUCUUGACUUGGGAGUUGAAAAAGUCAACAUCGAGAUUCCAAAGCAUAUCAAAGACUUGGUGAAGGAUGAGAAGGUACGGUCGGAUGCUGAGGCUACAUUUAACGAGAUGUUCAACGGUAGUAUCGGGCAGGGUACACUGAUUGCGCGAAUUACAAGCCAUCAAGAUGUUGCCGAACGGUGGUAUCCGGAUCUUUUGAAGCAGGCAUUGAAAGCCCAGUUGGAGAAACAAUAAUGCCCAAAGCUGAUGAAAAUAUUAUUUAUUCUCAGUCUACGAACAAAGAAUUAUUCCAUUGUACAAAUAUGUUCUUUUCAGUCGGGUUGAGUGGGAUGGUUUAGAUGUUGCGCUCAGAAUACUCAGAUAGAGCUAUGAGCUAUCCUGUUACAUGAUGCAUGAAAGAAUUACAUGAAGGAACAAUAAGUUUGCGACUCA